GGAAACCAAAAAAAAAAAAUAUCUGCAAAAACUAGCAGUAAUACCCUGUGCUGCAAGUAGUUACACUUUGAUCAUCAUGACGUGUGGUCGUGUUGGGUCGCCCGGAAGCUCAGCCUUCUCGUCUGUUUCUAUGCCAAUCGUUCUCGUAGGGGAAGGGGAGUAGAUCUUCGGGAGGUAGAAGACAAACAAUAAACAAUUUCGAAAACAAUGAAACGCAAAUCGGAUACAUUUUGUUUUUGAAAAAUCGGGGGUAUGUUACCUUGCCUUCAAUCAUCCGGACGGUUUUGUAUCUUUUUGUUGCUUGUGUUAUGAUGUUUCAGCAUUUUUCUGACAUUGCACAGUUCCAACAUGAUCGAUGUAUCGAAUCUCAUAAAAUGACAUGCAACGCCUAACUAUCGAACCGCUCAGCUCUUCCUGAAAAAGAAUUUCGUCAUAUUUCCAAUUCGUGAUUUUCUGCUCCGGAGGCACCCGCCGUCUAUAAAUUCUUUGUGUAAUUGUGCGAGUCAACUACAGGUUUUUUUUUUGUUUCGGGAAAUACAAAAAGCACGCAAACGUUUGAAAAAAGAAAGAAAAACAAGGACACCAUGGCAGAAGAUGAGUUCAAUCCGGCCUUGAAGGCCUUGAAGAGGCCUUUGUGGGAGAUGCACAAGAAGGGUGAAAUCAUGCCGGAAGCCGACUUCUACUCAAAGUACUACCACUUUUCGCACAAACCGGUCCGAGAUUCCUACCCAACGGCCGUCAUUGGAAAGUAUUUUCGUUUUUUGUUCCGAAAAGUUGUGCUGUGGCGCAGCCUUGUCAUUGUUGUGCUGCUGCAACAGAUUUUGAUUGCUAUCACUAACUACGUCAUACGAGUGAAGCUGGAAACGACAGUGAAAGAAAAGCCAACACGACACUACAGAGUAAAGUACUUCCAGAAGAUGGAAGAAAUCCGAGCAGUGGAAAAUGACGAGCCACGAGUCAAGGAUAUGGCUGGACUUCAUUUGCGUACGGUCAAGCUAAAAGUAAUUGCGCCGUGCCUCUUUAUUUUAUUCAUGAAGAAGAUGUGUAUGUGCAUGAAGAUAGAAGGCCAAUGUUCCCAUUAAUCUCAACGAUGAAUGCGACAGUUGCACAAGCCUCAUGAUGUUUGCUUCGUUAUGUGAUCGGUUUCCUAGUGUUGAUCUUGCUGCAUGAUUGACAAAAAAUGUGUAAAUCUGAUGCUCUUGACCGCACCAAAUGUUUCCGGGUCACAAACCAUCCGGAUGAGUGGUCGGACACGAGCAGCCAUCAGUCCAUGUUUAACAGCAGUAAAGUGAAGCAGCAACGCGGCCUGAACAUGGGGCCGGCAAAACGGGAGGAGCCUCCGGCUAUCACUGCAGCCUGCGCACAAAUCGGAAAGCUGAUUGAAACGGACGCUGUGCAGAAAGCAUGUAAACUGUUUCUUCUACACUGCUGCUUGUACUUUUUCGGUUUUUUCUCACAGCUCGUAGGCCUACGCGUGCGCAUAAGUACCAAUUUCAUACAUGCUACUACUAGCAAGACCUCCGAUGCACUGGACUCUCACUCCAUUUUGAGUAUAGUAGUGCCGGCGAUCUUAAUCAACAAGAACAAUUCAAAAGAAAAUUAAAACAACAGGCACCUACAAACCAAUUGCGGGAUCAAAAUACCUGUUUUUCGGUGGUGGUACACCUGCAGGCGGGUUUAAGCGUCAUUCCCGCGAGGACCCGUGGAACUUCCCCACGCCGGCGGAUUACCACAAGAAAUAGGCAGCGCUGCGCGAGUACGACGUCACCUGAAAGUGAAAUAAGAAGAAGAUGAAGACGAGCGUGACAGAGUAAGUGUUAAAACAACAUACCUACUCUCAGAGGCGAGCUGCGGCGCGCCGAGGUGUGUUUCCGUGGCUGUCAACGAAAAAGUGCUGUUGAGGAUUUCUUUCGUAGUCCCAUUGAUUCGUGGUUAUAGAAACCAAGAAUGCUGUAGAACUUCGAUGAAGCAUGUAAAUUUACGUUUUUUGACAAAUGUUUGUGCAUUCUCUAGCUUUGGCUAGUAUCAUGUUUGAUCAUCAACAUUCAACAUCAUCAACGCUUUUCGUUUUUCAGGAACCAUUUAACUACCAUAGCUUAACCUUGUAAAUGAAAGUUUGUGACAUUUCUCUUGGGCUUCUGGUUGCGCACUUCUGAUGUCGGUGUAGCCCAAGCGAGAUCGACGAGACCGAAAUCAAUGUACAAUAUGCUGGACCACGAAAACAAAAUCAAUAAAGAUGAUGUGGCAGUAGAAACAAAAGUAAGGUGUUGGUCCGUCUACCUUUUGUUCUUUAUCGAAACGAAUCGGAAUCAAAAAGAUCACAAUAACAA